CUUGUAGCUGGCAUCACUGCCAUUGUGACGUCACGGUAGAUAGGCUGACGACAUUGUCUCUAGACUUUGAUUAAAAAUGAUUUUAUGCACUUUUCCUUAGUAUUUCUACGUCGUAUUAUGUUUUUCGAUAGUUGCAAACCCUAAAUUACAAAAGUGUUGUGACAAAUCUGCUCGGUGUGAUGGACGUUUUAUAAAUUUAGUGACUACGAGUGAUGAAGGCAAAAGAAAAUGGCUACCUUCGAACGCAUGUUGAUAGCCAGGAAACAUGUAAUUAUAGCUAAUAAAUACAACGUCGUCCGCAAAAUCGGAGGUGGAAGCUUCGGAGACAUAUUUUUAGCAAUAAAUAUCAACGAUGGAGAGGAGGUAGCAGUGAAGGUAGAAUCUAUAAAGGCGAGACACCCCCAACUCCUCUAUGAAAGUAGAGUGUAUAAGAUGCUCCAAGGGGGCAUCGGGAUACCACACAUAAGAUGGUACGGCUACGAGAAAGACCACAACAUCCUCGUGAUGGACCUGCUGGGUCCGUCCCUCGAGGAUCUGUUCAACUUCUGCUCGCGCCAGUUCACCAUCAAGACCGUGCUCAUGCUGGCAGACCAAAUGCUUGGCCGAGUGGAAUUUAUCCACUGCAAGUGCUUCAUCCACCGCGACAUCAAGCCGGACAACUUCCUGAUGGGCAUCGGCCGCCACUGCAACAAGCUGUACAUGAUCGACUUCGGCCUCGCCAAGAAGUUCCGCGACCUGCGCUCCCGCGCGCACAUCUCUUACCGCGAGGACAAGAACCUUACCGGUACCGCUCGCUACGCGUCGAUCAACGCCCAUCUCGGCAUCGAGCAAUCGCGACGGGACGACAUGGAGUCACUCGGCUACGUACUUAUGUAUUUCAAUAGGGGAUCACUGCCGUGGCAAGGCCUGAAAGCGAUCACUAAGAAGCAGAAAUACGAGCGAAUUAGCGAGAAAAAGAUGUCCACGCCCGUUGAGGUGCUUUGCAAGGGAUUCCCGGCCGAGUUUGCGAUGUACCUAAAUUACUGCCGCGGCCUGACCUUCGACGAGUCGCCCGACUACAUGUAUCUCAGACAGUUGUUCCGCAUCCUGUUCCGCACGAUGAACUACCAGUACGACUACACGUUCGACUGGACGAUCCUGCGCCAGCGCAAGCAGCACAUGGAGGCGGGCGCCGCGCCGCCCGACCGCCGCUCCCCCUCCGUGCAGCGCCGCGCGCAGCAGCAGCCGCCGCAGCCGCCGCCCAACAACGAGGUACGGAAUACCAGCCCUACAGCUACAGCCAGCCCUGUCGACUACACGAUGCCGCGCCAGCGCAAGCAGCACAUGGAGGCGGGCGCCGCGCCGCCCGACCGCCGCUCCCCCUCCGUGCAGCGCCGCGCGCAGCAGCAGCCGCCGCAGCCGCCGCCCAACAACGAGGUACGGAAUACCAGCCCUACAGCUACAGCCAGCCCUGUCGACUACACGAUGCCGCGCCAGCGCAAGCAGCACAUGCUCCCCCUCCGUGCAGCGCCGCGCGCAGCAGCAGCCGCCGCAGCCGCCGCCCAACAACGAGGUACGGAAUACCAGCCCUACAGCUACAGCCAGCCCUGUCGACUACACGAUGCCGCGCCAGCGCAAGCAGCACAUGGAGGCGGGCGCCGCGCCGCCCGACCGCCGCUCCCCCUCCGUGCAGCGCCGCGCGCAGCAGCAGCCGCCGCAGCCGCCGCCCAACAACGAGGUACGGAAUACCAGCCCUACAGCUACAGCCAGCCCUGUCGACUACACGAUGCCGCGCCAGCGCAAGCAGCACAUGCUCCCCCUCCGUGCAGCGCCGCGCGCAGCAGCAGCCGCCGCAGCCGCCGCCCAACAACGAGGUACGGAAUACCAGCCCUACAGCUACAGCCAGCCCUGUCGACUACACGAUGCCGCGCCAGCGCAAGCAGCACAUGGAGGCGGGCGCCGCGCCGCCCGACCGCCGCUCCCCCUCCGUGCAGCGCCGCGCGCAGCAGCAGCCGCCGCAGCCGCCGCCCAACAACGAGGUACGGAAUACCAGCCCUACAGCUACAGCCAGCCCUGUCGACUACACGAUGCCGCGCCAGCGCAAGCAGCACAUGCUCCCCCUCCGUGCAGCGCCGCGCGCAGCAGCAGCCGCCGCAGCCGCCGCCCAACAACGAGGUACGGAAUACCAGCCCUACAGCUACAGCCAGCCCUGUCGACUACACGAUGCCGCGCCAGCGCAAGCAGCACAUGGAGGCGGGCGCCGCGCCGCCCGACCGCCGCUCCCCCUCCGUGCAGCGCCGCGCGCAGCAGCAGCCGCCGCAGCCGCCGCCCAACAACGAGGUACGGAAUACCAGCCCUACAGCUACAGCCAGCCCUGUCGACUACACGAUGCCGCGCCAGCGCAAGCAGCACAUGCUCCCCCUCCGUGCAGCGCCGCGCGCAGCAGCAGCCGCCGCAGCCGCCGCCCAACAACGAGGUACGGAAUACCAGCCCUACAGCUACAGCCAGCCCUGUCGACUACACGAUGCCGCGCCAGCGCAAGCAGCACAUGGAGGCGGGCGCCGCGCCGCCCGACCGCCGCUCCCCCUCCGUGCAGCGCCGCGCGCAGCAGCAGCCGCCGCAGCCGCCGCCCAACAACGAGGUACGGAAUACCAGCCCUACAGCUACAGCCAGCCCUGUCGACUACACGAUGCCGCGCCAGCGCAAGCAGCACAUGCUCCCCCUCCGUGCAGCGCCGCGCGCAGCAGCAGCCGCCGCAGCCGCCGCCCAACAACGAGGUACGGAAUACCAGCCCUACAGCUACAGCCAGCCCUGUCGACUACACGAUGCCGCGCCAGCGCAAGCAGCACAUGGAGGCGGGCGCCGCGCCGCCCGACCGCCGCUCCCCCUCCGUGCAGCGCCGCGCGCAGCAGCAGCCGCCGCAGCCGCCGCCCAACAACGAGUGAAAGAGACUACGACGUUCGACAGCCACGGGCGGUCCGGCGAAAAAGAGAACGCGAUAGCAGUCGCGUGCGUGUGUGACUGUGUGUUUGUGUGUGUGACCGUGCGACGCGCGUCGUGUCGAGCGUCAACAGCGUCCAGCGUCAAGCGUAACGUCGAGCGUCUAAUCUACCGGCAAACGUCGGAGAACUGGCUUUAUUAUAUUACAAGAGGCCUUUGUUUUAAACACUGUCUCUCCGUCAUCGGGCGGAUUUGUUUUAUUUUACGAUUAUUAUAAACGUA